UUAUUCUGGGAAUUGUAGUUUUCUUCGCCUUCAAAUUGCAAAUGACGCCCUCGGUUAGGCUGUUCUGCAACCGUACACCUGCUCGCAGGAGGGGACGUUUACAUUGAAGGGAUGCCCGCUUGAUGACAAGUGCAUUCGAGGUAAAAAAGAAGCAAACCUGUAAUAUGUUGGGAGAUAAUUAAAAUUUAGACUACCAACCAGGUGUGGUGGCACACUCCUGCAAAUCCCAGCAUUCGGGAGGCCGACAGAGGAGGAUCACCGAAUUUCACGACACACAGUAAGAACCUAUUUCUAAAAGUGCAACUGAAUACGUUUUUAAAAACCAAAUUUAUGCCAGGUGUAGUUAAUCACAGUUCUCCGGAGGCUGAGGCAAGUGGGGCUUCUAUGCGUUCAAGACUUUCCAGGUCUACAUAAUGGAAACAUGUCUAUAAAUAAAUACAUAAAGACAAAUUUAUGAUGCCGGCUAAGGUGCAUGCUGGAGAGAGGUCGUAUCUAGAGAGGGGAGGCGGGCAAUUGAGAUUACAGAGCGGCAUGUACCUCGGAGCCGGCAGAGGGCGCGCGAAGCCUGGAGAUGUUCUCGCUCCUCUCCGCAGUCCCCGCCCUCCCUGCGGGCCUCCGCCCCCGCGCGCCGCUGACGCAGGAAAGCGUGCGCGGGCGGCGGGGGGGGGUCUCCAUUGACGUCUUUUAUGUCUGCGCAGCCUCGCUCUCGGCCAUGACGUCACCACCCCGCCCCCGCAAUCACGCAGGUUCCAACCCCUGCUGAGCUCUUGGUGCCCAUACCACCCCAUGUUGGAUCACAAAAAAUGCAGGUUUAGGGUUGGUGGGUGCACAGUAGGAAAAUCGUUGGCUUAAUUUAAAGGAUUCAGUGUUGAACCUUAAGGAAGCAGCUGGCAGCUAGAGGGUAGUGGUUACUCUUGAACCCGGGGUCUGGCAGAUGCUAAUGUGAUUCCUUUUGUGAUUCUCCAAACUCUAGACUCUGGGCCUCAGAUCUAUGCAAUAGCCUAGCAGUCAUGGCCUCAAUCAAGCGCCACGAGAGACAUCGGGUUCCCAAUCCCUAUAACCUGGACACUUUCCUGGGCAGUGGGCGGCUAGAAACUCCAUUCCUUUCUCCAGAUGCUUCCUGUACGAAUGUCCCAGCUCUUAAACACACAUCCCCGUCCCAGAACUCCGUAUCUAUCCAAUGCUCCAAGAAGCAAGAACCCAAACUUAGGACAUGCGUGUCCUGUCCUGUUCUGUCCACCAGACAUAGCCACUGUACUUCAUCGAACGAGUCUUUGAAAAACUAAACCCAGGGUGCUGGAGAGAGUACUACUUUUCCAGAGGACUUGAGUUCCAUUCACAGUGUACGGCUGCCUGCAGCUGCAGCUUCAGAAGACCUAUCCUUUUCUGGUGUGUGCGCACAUGUGCACGCACACACGAAGCACACACAUAGAGAAUUUAGUAUUAAAUUCGGGAGCGGUGACACUCUUGAGCAUAAGAGGCAGCCUGCUCUGUCUACAUAGUGACUUGCAGACAAGAAUCCCUGCGUCAAUACCCUUCACUAAAUCAAAGGAGGCUGGUGUCCCAGAGAUCAGUGUAAGGCGCCCAUCUACAAGACAGACUCUUCCACCGGUAGGUCCUGGGAGCGUGGGCUUAGAAUGGGACAGAUCCUGGGUUGGAACCCGAGUAUCAACAGGAAGAAAAAAUAAUUGGUUGCAAGGAAUUGUCUGGAAUGGGUCAUUAAAAUUCUUCCUACAUUAGCCGGGCGAUGGUGCACGCUUUAAUCCCAGCACUCGGGAGGCAGAGGCAGGCGGAUUUCUGUGAGUUCGAGACCAGCCUGGUCUACAGAGCUAGUUCCAGGACAGGCUCCAAAGCCACAGAGAAACCCUGUCUCGAAAAACAAAAAAAAAAAAAAAAAAAAAAUCUUCCUACAUUCAUUUAGUUAGUGGGCAAGGAGGCAGCAAAUAUUCGGACGUCGAAGGACAACUUGUGGGAGUAGGUAUUCUUACCCUGUGGGACCCAGGGAUGGACCGCAGGUCCUUGGGCUUGGCUGUAGGCACCCUUGUCUGUUGAGCUCAAGCUGGCCUAGAAUUCUGUGUCGUUUGAUUGGCCUUGCACUCCUGAUUCCCUUGAUUUCAUAUCCCAGAUGCAGGUGUGCACCAUCACAACCAGUUUUGCGUGCAAGUUUGAGCUGUGUGGGUAUCAUUGGAUAUCUGGGGUGUAGGGGAACGAAGCCAGGCGUGUGGGAGAAAAAUGUACAUAGACCUCACGGCUUGUAGACUACGGAGAUCUACAUACUGGAAUUGAGCACCCGAGUGGCAGGUGAGAAACUAGACAGCCUAGGGUCCCCCAGACUUGAGAUACCCAGUGUUAGGGGAGGGGGAAGGACGCAGUGCGCCCACGCACAAUGUUCCGGGACACUGCAGCACCAGGUAAGCUGAGUCGUGCAGCGGUGCGGGGGGCGGGGCCGCCCGGCCGCGAGAGGGGGCGCCCGGAGCUCAGGCUCCGCCCCCCGCCCCCGCCAGAAGGGAAGGGGAGGCGGUGGCCAGCGCGCAGCGAGCCAGACGCGGCGGCAAGAGUGGCGGGGGCGGUCAGGCUGCGGGACCGGGCGGCUACCCGGUGCACCGAGCCAGGGGCCUGAGCGGGCGCACCGCCAACGCAGUCACGUGCGCUGCCCCUCCUCUCUCGCACACCUCCUCAGCGCGCCGCGCUCUCCAUUCAUAAAUUCUCCGCCGGCUCCGCGGCCACCGAGCUCCAGAGCCAACCGGGAGCGCCUUGCAUCCGCCACCCGCCCUCCCGCCGCCCAUGGGCCGCACGCCCCGGCGCUGAGCCUCAAAAUGCAGCCCACGGCCACCAUGGCCACAGAGGCCACUACCACCGCCACGGUUGCCCUGACGACUUCGUGGGACAAUGCUACCAGCCGCCCCACGGCGGAGCCCGACCCCAUCUUGGACAACUAUGUACUGCUGGUGGUGGUGAUGUCGCUGUUCAUCGGGGGCACGCUGGUGGUGCUGUCUGGCGUUCUUCUGCUCUGCAAACGCUGCUGGGAGGUGCACCAGCGCUUCAACAGGGCCAUGGAUGAAGCAGAGAAGACCACCACUACUUACCUGGACAACGGCACCCACCCUAUACAAGACCCCGACUGCAGGGGGGAAGACCCCGAGAGCCAGGACACCGAGACAGAGCGCUUCCUAGCCACCAGCUCCACCGGCCGCCGCGUGUCCUUCAAUGAGGCUGCCCUGUUUGAACAGAGCCGCAAGGCUCAGGACAAGGGCCGCCGGUAUACCCUGACAGAGGGGGACUUCCAUCACCUCAAGAAUGCCCGUCUCACCCACCUCCACCUACCGCCCCUCAAGAUCGCUACUAUCCAUGAGUGUGACCCGGGCGAGGCCAGCUCAGUGGCCACACCCCACCCAGCUACCACCCCUAAAGACAGCUUGGCUAUUUUCCAGCCCCCCGGGAAGGCCCUCACUGGCCACGCAGUGGGUCCCAGCUCUGUCCUGCCAGGUGAUCCCUACAACUCUGUGGACUUCUCCGAGAUCAGCCCCUCUGGCUCCAGCGACUCUGGGGAGGGCACCUCGUUAGAUGCAGGUGCCCGGGGUGCCAAGGCUGCCGGGCCUGGGCCUGAGGCAGCACUUGGGGAGAUAGGCACAGGCUCCUCGGGGCCAGGCCCUGUGCUGCAGUUCUUCACACGGCUACGCCGCCAUGCCAGCCUGGAUGGGGCUAGUCCCUACUUCAAAGUCAAGAAAUGGAAGCUGGAGUCCAGCCAGAGAGCGUCCAGUCUGGACACAAGAGGUUCCCCUAAGCGGCACCACUUUCAGCGGCAGCGGGCAGCCAGUGAGAGCAUGGAGCAAGAGGGGGAUGCCCCCCAUGCCGACUUCAUUCAGUACAUUGCCAGCGCAGGCGAUUCGGUGGCCUUCCCACCCCCCCGCCCCUUUCUGGCCAGCCCCACCAGCCCGCCCCCCACUCUCGGCAGGGCAGGGCAAGGCCUGCAGGCUCUGACCACGUGGGCCUGGCCUUGCAGGCUAGAGGCGUCUGAGGCAGCGGGAGGAGCAAGCCCCGAGACUCCUCCGGAACACAGCAUCAGUUUGGGGCCCGAGCAUGCGCAGCAGCAGGACCCACAGCAAGAGCAGGACGCCGAGCAUGUACAGUGCAGCUACCGUGACCUGUGGAGCCUUCGUACUUCCCUCGAGCUAAAUGCAGCCACUGCAUCGGACCACAGCAGCAGUGGCAAUGACCGCGACUCAGUGCGCAGCGGCGACAGCUCAGGAUCGGGCUCCGGGGGUGGCGGCCCAGCACCUGCCUUCCCGCCCCCACCGGAGUCUCCGCCUGCUCUGCGGCCUAAGGACGGCGAGGCCCGCCGCCUGCUGCAGAUGGACAGUGGGUAUGCGAGCAUCGAGGGCCGCGGUGCAGGUGACGAAGCCUCCGAACUUCCCGCUCCAACCCGCAGCCCUCCCCGCAGCCCGCGAGCCUGGCCACGCAGGCCACGCCGCGACUACAGCAUCGACGAGAAGACGGACGCACUUUUCCACGAGUUCUUGCGCCACGACCCACAUUUCGAUGAUGCGCCACGCCAUCGCGCACGGGCGCAUCCUCACGCCCACGCUCGUAAACAGUGGCAACAGAGAGGCCGGCAGCAUAGCGACCCCGGUGGCGCACGCGCGGCCACACCCCCAGGGGCAGUCCGUCCUGCGCGUGCGCCCUUGCGUCGUGGUGACAGCGUUGAUUGUCCUCCUGAAGGCCGUGCACUGCCGACCGCAGGUGAUGACCCGUCCAUUCCUGUCAUCGAGGAGGAGCCUGGCGGCGGAAGCGGUGGAUGCCCGGGCUCUGGGCUGUGCGUCGAGCCCGCCGGGGCGCUGCUGGACAAGCUGGCAGUCAGCCUCGACGAUAGACUCUUCUCACCCCGUCUCCCUGAGCCAGUCGCCUCCUCCCCGGUGCUGAUUGUCGCUGCUGCUGCCCCCACGUCUCCCGACCACAGCCCGGCCUAAGCUCUGUGUACUCGACCCGCCUCUCGGCAGCUUCCCUGGCGGCACGUGGGGCCCAUGCGGAUAGCAGAAACCUGGGGUUGCCGUGCAUGCGCACGCAGCCCGACUCGAACUGCGCACAUGCAGUGUCCCAUCACUUAGCGGGUCACAGUGGCCUCCAGAGGCGCGAGGCUCCAGGACCCCGGCUCAGCUGCAGGGUGGAUAAAGCAUUCGGACUCUCGAGUCCUAAUAUGUCCAACCAUGGCACCCAGCCUCUGGCCACAGAGGCGGGUGAAGCAGGUUCUUAGGUACAAGCAGCCCCCCUCCAUUAGUGAGCACGUGCUGGUGAUACUAUUGCCUGCCAUAUGCUUGCGUGAACCUACUGGAGGGGAAGGGACCUUGGGGUAGAGAAUCAACGAGGAGCUCGCUGCCCCAAAUCCUGAAUCCAUUUACCUCACCAUGGUGUGCGCUCUAGCAGCAGCCGUAUCCUCCCUCUCCAAGCAAUAACCGCCACUCCCGCUCUCAGCAUGUGCACAGGCCCCACCUCAUCCCAUUCAAGAGCCUUGGGCUUUGGACAGACAGACAGAACAGCCCAGGCGGCAGCUUCAAGUUUCCCAAGCUUUAUUUAUUGCCAAAAUAUAGGGCGGCCUCGCCUUGAGAGCCCGCCCACUCCCUGCCCUGUGCCCUGCGUGGGUAGUUGUGUUGUCUGGUUGAUCAUAAAUGUCUCUGCAUAUUCA